UCUUAUGUUGGCCAAUUCACAAACUUCCUCAUUCUCAUCAUUGAUUGGCAUAGUGUGACAAGUCCUGAAAAUGUUGAAUAGACCUCCAAAAACCUUUCAAGAGCCAACUCCUCAAGAUUAUAUUCCUGGAAGAGGUAGAGGUGCAACAGGAUUUGUUACAAACCCUGAAUAUAGUCUAAGGGCGAAUAACCAAUUCAGCGAAAUGCCUGUUCCUGACGCUGGUGCAAAGUUUGGUACACCACCUCCGGGUUAUGUUGCUGGUAGAGGAAGAGGUUUGGGAGAUACAAGAAGAGAAACUUUAGCAAGACAGGCAGCAGCAGCAAGGUCCUUUAUAUCCCAGCAACAAGAAUACGAUGACGAGCCUGUUGAAGAGGAUGAUGACGGUCGCCCUUUGGAUGACGAGGACCAGGGUCUGUUUGCCAAUACCGUUUACGACGAAGACGAUAAAGAAGCUGACGAAAUUUACGAAGCUGUUGAAAAGCGAAUGGAAAGUAGAAGACAAAGACAACGAGAGGAAAGAAUUAACGAAGAACUAAAGAGAUACAGAAGUGAGAAUCCUUCUCUAGAACAACAAUUUGCGGACUUGAAGAGAGGCCUUGCACAGGUAUCUGAAGAAGAAUGGGCCUCAAUACCAGAAAUUGGAGAUUACAGAGUCAAGAAACAAAAACUUGAAAAAUACACUCCAGUUCCAGAUUCGGUCAUUGAAAGUGCUCAUAAAGAAAGAAGUUUUGACUCGAGUAUUGGCACAUUGUCAACAACUCAGGGAAUCUCUACGGAUUUGGCUUCUAUCGGAGAAGGUCGUGGUGCAGUGCUGGGUUUAAAGUUGGAUAGAAUAUCGGAUUCUGUUUCUGGUCAAACUGUGGUAGACCCUAAAGGCUAUCUUACAGAAUUGGCGGGAAUGCGCAUAACUUCAGAGUCAGAAAUUGGCGAUGUUAAAAAAGCUCGAAUGCUUCUCAAGUCUGUUACAUCCACCAAUCCUAAACAUGCUCCUGGUUGGAUUGCUGCAGCAAGAUUGGAAGAAAUUGCGGGAAGAAUCACUGACGCACGUGCACUGAUUACGGAAGGUUGUCAAAAGUGCCCAACUUCCGAAGAUGUGUGGCUUGAAGCAGCUCGUUUAUAUCCACAGGAACAAGCAAAACAAGUACUUGCGUCUGCUGUUCAACGAGGACGUGUUCCUGGAAGCGUAAAGAUAUGGCUUCAAGCUGCAGCAAUUGAAUCAGACCUUACCCAAAAGAAGAGAAUAUUACGAAAAGCCUUGGAAAUCAUUCCGACAUCUGUUAGACUUUGGAGUGCAGCUAUUGAACUUGAACCUCCGGAAGGUGCGAGAAUUCUGUUAACACGGGCAGUAGAAUGUGUUCCACAUGCAACGGAAUUGUGGAUAGCAUUGGCACGUUUGGAAAGUUAUGAAAAUGCAAAAGUUAUAUUGAACAAAGCUCGAGAAGCGAUACCAGCUGAGCCACUUAUAUGGAUUACUGCAGCCAAACUAGAAGAAGCACACGAAAGUAAACAACAGUCCAUAUCUACAGAUAUUUUGAAUGAUGAGCAGGUUAAGAAAAUAGACCAAAAUAAUUUAUUUGAUAUUUAUUUGGAGGAAGUAAAAAAUGAGAGUUCACAAAGCAGCGUGACAAGAAUUAUUGAGAGGGCUGUAAAGACACUUUCUAUUAAGCAAAAAAUUGUAGAUCGUGACAGAUGGUUGAAGGAAGCAAAAGAAUCGGAAUCUGGUGGAUAUUAUAGAACUGCCCGUGAUAUUAUUCACUUUUCAAGCAACUUGGGAAUUGAAGAGGUAGAUAGAGAGCGGAUUUGGUUGAGUGAUGCUGAAACUGCCGAGAAAGAAGGAUAUUUCAUUUGUGCUCGAGCACUUUUUGCUAGACUUGUAUCUACUUUUCCCGGUAGAGAUAAUCUUUGGCUCCAAGCCGCACACUUUGAGAAGGAACAUGGUUCUUUCAUGGUAGUCGAUGAGUUAUUACGACGAGCUGUUGCAUAUUGUCCUCGUGCAGAGAAACUUUGGUUAUUAGCAGCUAAUGAGAAAUGGAGACAUCAUGAUGCUGAUGGAGCUAGGGCGGUUCUACAUGAAGCCUUUUCUUCCAAUCCAGGGUCCGAGACCAUAUGGUUAGAGGCGGUUGCUCUUGAAAAACAAGCAGGAGAACUGUCUCGUGCCCGUAUACUUGCCUCUCGAGCACGGAACUCGGAAGCAGAUUCUGGAAGGGUCUACUAUAAAUCUGCCUUGUUGGAAAGAGAGGCUGGCUGUGUCGAAGCUGAAAGAGAGCUUUUAGAAGAGGGUCUCUCAAAGCAUCCAAACGAACCAAAGCUUUGGUUAAUGCUUGGUCAAUGGCAUGAGCGCCAGGAGCCUUCUCAACUUGAGGAAGCCAGAGCUGCAUACUCAUCAGGUCUCCAACAUUGUCCUACUUGUGUUCCUCUGUGGAUUAGUUUGGCACACUUGGAAGAAAGGGUAAACAAGUGGACGAGAGCGCGUGCAAUUUUAGAAAGAGCAAGGCAAAAACUACCCAAAGUAGAUAUAAUAUGGGAAGAGUCUAUAUGGUUGGAAGUUAGAAUUGCAAAGAAUCAACGUCCUCUUAGCACAGACAGUCAGCUUUUAAGCAAGACUACUUCUAAGAGUGCUUUGAGUAUUUUAUCAAAGGCUUUACAAGAGUGUCCCGACUCGGGACGUCUCUGGGCAGUUGCUAUUGAGUUGGAAUCAGCCAAACAAAGAAGAGCGCGUUCUGUAGAUGCUUUGACUCGCUGCGAUAGGGAUGCUCACGUUAUGAUUGCAGUUGCGAGAUUAUUCUGGGGCGAACAUAAGAUAGAAAAAGCCCGAUCUUGGUUUCAAAGGGCGGUAACUUUAGACUCAGAGUUGGGUGAUGCUUGGGCUGCUUGGUAUGCUUUUGAAAAGAAGGAGAAUGGAGAGUCUGAAAUAAAGGAGAUAGAAAGUCAAGUUGAAAGUCAUCCACCUAGAAAAGGUACUCGAUGGUGUAAAGUUAGAAAAUCUUUAGAAAAUGUACAUUUAACAACGUUGCAAGUGUUGGAAAAAGUUUCUCAUGACUUUGAACCCUUUACAAGUUGAUAUAAAUUGGACCGCUGUUUU